GUGGCUGGCGCGUUAUCACAGCCACCUCUUGUAGUGAGCAGCGCAGCCACCAAAGACAGCUGACCAACAAUCCGGUAUUACCAACGCUCGGAAACUUCCUAAAGUUUGACUUAUCAAGGUCCGAGACACUACAACAUCCCUCGGCGCGUGCGCUGGGUAUACGCAACUGAAAUCCCCCUGAUAUGGAUUAGGGACGCACCAGUGCAUCACCAGACGCCGAAAAGAUCGAGGAUCGGAGGGACACUGCUGGUUGGUCUAGGACUCAGUGGCUUGUUUGCAGAAACCAGACCAUUGGCAAGACAUGAAUACGACAGACAACAACACCCUGUACGAACCCGGUGAGGCGCCAGUGCCCGCUGCAUUGCUGUGGUUUGCUCUGGUCCACUGUUACUGCGUCAUAGUCAUCGGCACCUUGGGUAACGCGUUGGCGCUGUGGUGCGUGGGGACGUGCGGCAAGACGCGCCGGCCGGUGAAGGUGUUGCUGUUCAGCGUGUUCCUGCCCGCCCUGAUGCUUUGCCUGGUGACGCGACCUGGGGUUGGAGAGACCCUAAUCGGCCUCCUCACGCGAAAUCCACACAGGAUCUCUAGAAUGGUCGUCGAUAUUAACAGUGCAGUGUACGCCAGCUUGGCAACGGCAGAGCUGGUCUCCAUUGCUGUUGUAGCUGUGGUCAGGGCCGUGUCGGUAUUGUCCCCACAAGUUCGCAUUCUAGAGAUCCGCGGCGCCUCGCUGUUGGUGACAGUGAUAUGUCUGUACUCGGGUGUCAGCGGUGCGGGACUAGUGGCGCUGAUGGUAAUGAGUGAUGCGCAUAUGGUCCUCGUCACCAUCCUGUUCUUCGUCAACACAACGCUGCCGGCAGUCAUCACCGCCGUCGCAUACAUCCUGAUGAUAGUGGCUAUACACCGGAACAAGCGUCGCUUGGCCGCCAGUCAGCAGCAGGCCAAGUCAGUCUCCAGCAUGGACCAGGCCACGCGGGCCAUGCUGGCGGUGUUCCUCAGCAACCUGGUGUUUGGCGUACCGCACACCAUCUUCCACCUCAUGGGCAAACAACCGCUGUACAUGAGCGUUAUAUUCCACGUGCUGUUUUCCACGCAUUUCAUGGUGGACCCGCUGGUCUUUGUGUGGUUCAAUAAUAAUUACCGCACUCGCGUUCAUUCCUACAUGCAGAAAGUGACGCAUUCCUUGUCCUCGCCGACAGCUUCGUCCACCGUCCAGUAUUCCAGCGCCUCCCAAAAUGACAACAACCACCCCCACUCCUCCACAAACAGACAGGCGGACACUAAUGUUUAACUCCAGUAUUACGCCACCCACACUUGUGCACUCAGGAAAUCUGCUUUAUUCUGUGUCUCCAGGUUCCUGUGUUUCUCGCGUGUUCUUGUACCAGUAUGUAUGUCGAUUGGAUAAUAUGUUAAAAAAUCUAUAUAUCUCAUUAUUAUAUACUUCCUUAUCAAUUGUGUCUGUACUCUGCAACUCUGCCUGAUUCUGUUUUUCCACAUUCCUGUGUUCCUCGUAUGUUUUUUUACAACCAUGAAUACAUUAGAAAUGUCUUUAAGUUUCGUUUUACCAUACCUUAUCUCAUUAUAUAUUUUUCCC